AAUAUAAAAGCCGAAGUAUCUCAUUCCAUACAUCAUUUUCGGUUAACAUUCGACCGUUCAACAGUUCUUAAAAUGUAUUCAAGGAUACUCUUGGUUGCCGCUACCCUCGCCGUAGCUCUCGCUCGACCACAACAAGGGCACGGGCACAAUGAACACGGACACGCGUAUUCGUCUCAGAGCAUCGUUUUACACCAGAGCCACGGUCAUGAGCAAGGGCAUGAUCAACUUGGUCAUGUACAGCUUGGCCAUGUGCAACUUGGUCAUGUGCAGCACGAGCCCGUGCAUCAAGUGUCAUACCACGAGCCCAUCCACACUGAGUCACAUCAUGCUCACCACCACGCCGUCUCCUCACAAAACAUCCAGCGCCACGACGUGCCCGGCAAGGCGCCCGAAGGCCACCACGACUACUACGCGCACCCUAAAUACGAGUUCGAGUACAAGGUGGAGGACCCGCACACCGGCGAUAAGAAGUCCCAGCACGAGUCCCGCGAUGGCGACGUCGUGAAGGGCUACUACAGCCUGCAUGAGGCUGACGGCACUAUCAGGAUCGUACAUUACACUGCUGACCACAAGACUGGGUUCAAUGCUCAAGUCCAGCGCGAAGGCCACGCUAAGCACGCAGUUCCCACUCAUCAUCAUUAGUUCUGAUUAUGAUUCCUAAAUUAUUAUUUUUUAAUUUGUCUUUGCCAUUGUGAUAUUUGACAAGAUUGUUAUUUGUUUUAAAUGUAAUGUAAUAAAUGAAAUAUGUGUUACUGCAGAAAAAA